AUCUAUGGUUGGCUUAUGGCGGGCGGUGUUUCGACGCUUCUUUCUUGAGUGUCUGAUUCACUCACAUUUCGUGUCAUUUUAGUGAACAAGCGAGUUGUGUUUUUGUGUUACAAAAUGUCUACAGAUAAUAUUGAAAAAUUAUACCAAAACUAUGGCGUGUUAGCGGACGCCAAGGAUGAUAUUUCAAAGCACGAGAAAGAGUACAAGGAGAUCUUAGCAGCAGUGAAAGGGUCGGACAAGGAAAAACGUUUAGCAUCACAAUUCAUUGCGAAAUUCUUCAAUAGCUUUCCUAACCUUGCCGAGCAAGCCUUAGAGGCCCAGUUUGAUCUCUGCGAGGACGAUGACGUAGCUAUUCGCAAGCAAGCUAUCAAAGACUUGCCUAAUCUCUGCAAAGAUCAUAAGGAACACACUCAAAGGAUUGCUGACAUCUUGGCGCAACUUCUACAGUCUGACGAUGCUACAGAAAUCAAUGUUGUCACAAACUCCUUGCUUACUAUUUUGAAGGCGGAUCCCAAGGGAGCACUCACUGGGUUGUUUUCUCAGAUUCAUCAGAAUGUGGACAGUGAGGUGGGAAAUGAAGUAGUUAGGGAGCGCUGCAUCAAGUUUUUGGCCACUAAAGUCAAGCAACUCGGCAGAGAGGUCAUCAAUAAGGAAGCUGAGGAUUUGAUUAUUACUGAAUGCAAGAAGAUUCUGGAGGAUGUUGUUGCUGGCGAAUUUGAACACAUCAUGGACCUCCUCACCUGGUCACGACUGGGCAAGAACCCGAUCGGAAAGAAGGAGCUGGUACAGAUUAUUGCAGCACUAGCCUUCUCACCAGAUGACUGGCACCCAGAAGACCCAGAAUAUAUUGAUAGGCUCUUGCAGUGUACUCAGCAUGCCCUUCCAUUACUUUCUCCACAAGUGGAUUCAACUCAAUUUGUGAAUAUUUUCUGUGAGUAUGUGCUCCCACGCUGGAAUGAGAUCACAACACCUGAAGGAACAGACCCAAAAUUAGAACUUCUCAAGAUAUUUGCUGAAAUAACGGAUCAUUGUGGACAAUUAGAAGAUGCACAAAAGAAAAUAGAUACUGUCUAUGAUUUAGUCAUGAUAUAUUUACCAGAAGCUCCAGUGGAAGAGAUUGAAAAGGCAGUUGAAAAAGUUGCUGAAAAGGCUGACGAAAAAUCAGAGAGCACAGAGACUAAAACAGAGGAAGCUAAGACAACUCCUUCCCUACAGUUUUCUCAUGUAGAAUGUGCUCUCUUUGGGUUGCAUGCUUUAUGCCGCAAGACUCCAGAAGCACUCAGUGCAGACCCAGCCAGACUUAAAGCGCUACGUCUGCGACUUCAAUAUACUGCGCGUCUUACGCAAGGAUAUAUAAAGAAAUUAAAGGAAGUGACACAGGCAAAAAAAGCAGAUGAAAACUCAGAAGAAAACAAACUGAAAAUUGCAGCACUGAAAACUACAUCAAAUAUUAACACUCUCAUUAGAGACAUUUUCCGCACACCACCCAGUUUCAAGAGCAAGAUACAACUGUCUUUCCAGUCAAAAAAAUUUGAAAAAGAGCCUAAACAGAAUGAAAAAGUGGAGGACACUGAUAAGUCACCAACUCAAAAGCGUCACCGCCCAAUUACAUUUGAUAAUGGAGAUGAAAAGUCUUCCCCUGUAAAACGAGCUCGUAGUGGCGAAAGAAAUAUAAAAAUGUACACACCACCAUCAGGCAAAUACAGCUCUAGAUUAAAUAACACUGGGAGAUUCAGUGGGCCAAACCAGAGGGGACGGGGUUAUGGGAGACGUGACUUUAGAGGCAAUGGAGUGCCAUACAGGAGGCGCAGUAACUACUAAUACAUUAUAUAAAAAUGUAGCAUUGCGGCAGUUGGUGCUUUCCACCUAAAACACCUACAACUACUCUUUUAGAAAUGAUUACCCUAAUGCUGCCCAGCUACCCAAAAUAUGAAUUUUUGGAUUUUGGGAAGCCAAUACAAAUUUUGGAAACUGACUCCUUGAUGAUUAAUAACAUUGAUAUUCCUGCAAUUUGUCUUCUUUCUAGCACAUUCAGCUAGGCAUCUCAUGACAUGCUUUUUUAUUAAGGUAUUUGUACCUUUUACUUCAUGAACUUAAUCUGUUAUGAGCAUUUUUUUCAACCGAUAAUUUCUAUUUCAAUUCAUUUUCGCGCUAUUUAUUUUGGUUGACUAGGAUGUCUUUUAUUUAGCUAUAUGCAGUUUAUCUAUCUUUCACCUGGACUUAUAGAACCCAAGUAGUAGCAGAUGACAACUACGUGUACAGCAAUACAACAUUGGUUUGUAAAUAAUUAUUUUAGUUAUAAUUUAUGCAGUCUUAACAUUUUAGUAUAUUAUUCUGCAGCAAAUUACUUAAGAGCAUAGAACUACAAUAUGGAGACCUUCGUAAACUCGUAAGUAUAGUUUAGAAUUUUAAGUUUUACAUUUGUUUCAUGCAGGAAAGUUCCGGCCGGUAAUUGUACCAAAAGAGUGGCUAAGAGUGACUAGCCAUAUUACAACAAUAGUAAGUAAUAUUUACUUCUUAUUUAAACAGUUACAGCAGAGACAGCAGCGGAGCAUUCUGGACAAUGAUACAACAAAAUGGAGUUAUUAAAUGUUUCAGAUGUUUCUUAUAGCUUCUUUGUCAGUGCAAGGAAGUAACAUCACGUGGAUAAAUUGGAAUGGAUAUGUGAGGGUCUCAUCAAUAUUAAUUAAUACACAUUCUUAUAGUAA